CGACAGUUAAGUGAGUUUAGUUAGCAGCACAGUUAGCACACUCGUACUCGUAAAUACCACAUCGAUAAGAACGAUGACUAGAAAUAAUUUCUUUUUAAAUGUAUUUUCGCGUAAUAGCCGCAAUUUGUUAAGACGUUCUAAAAAGAGUCCUAAGUCCUUUAACGUAAGGACUCUAGCGUCCCAAAAUGAUGCAAAUUCGAAUAUUAUGCACAGUGAGAGUAGUGAUGUCGAUAUCCCUAAUGUAACGAUUCCCGAGUUUAUUUUGCCCAGUUUGGAACGAUUUGAAAAAUAUGUGGCGUCGGAAUGCGCGACGACAGGUAGAACAUAUACCUUUGGACAGAUUCGAGGAAAGUCUAAAAAUUUAAAUAAAGCCUUGAGACAUGCUUUUAAAUUACAAAAAGGUGACGUUGUUGGAAUAUUGUUGCCCAAUUGUCCAGAAUUCGGAAUCGCCGUUUUGGGUGUUUUAGAAGCUGGAUUGACAAUUACCACAAUGAAUCCCAUUUAUACUCCUGUUGAGAUAUCCAAGCAAUUAUUGGAUUCCAAUACCAAAGUUUUAAUAACCCAGGCACAAGCUAUUUCCACUGCAAAAGCAGCCUUACAGUUAGCAAAAAAAGAUAUCCCAAUCGUAGCAAUUAAAAGAUACCAAAACGACAGUCUUCCUUCUGGGGUGGUUGAUUUUGAAGAAUUAGUUAAUAAUGAGGUUUCAAUACCGGAUGUUCCAUAUGUAAAUUCCAAUGAUAUCGCUGUUUUGCCUUAUUCUAGUGGAACCACAGGGUUACCAAAAGGCGUGGAAUUAACACAUUACUCCAUUAUUUCGAAUAUCUCUCAAAUUUCUCAUGAGGAUUUUAAUUUCUAUGAUAUAACAACUGAUAAUUACCAAGACGUAUCUGUUACAGUCUUGCCAUAUUUUCACAUAUAUGGUUUCGCUUUGAAUUUAUUGAAUAUGAUGCAUAAAGGAUGCAAGACUGUGACAUUGGAAAAAUUCUCACCUGAGAUUUACGUAUCAGUACUGAAAAAACAUCGUCCCAGCCUAUUAUACGUUGCACCUCCAUUAGUUUUAUUUUUAAUUUCACAUUCUGGAGUCAAAUCUGAAUAUUUCGAUCGUUUGAAAAUGUUAAUGUCAGCCGCUGCUCCUUUAGGCCUUACUGACGAAGAAAGGUUUAUCAGAAAAGUCCGAAAAGAAAUCAAUAUGUGCCAAGGAUACGGUUUGACUGAAGCUUCUCCUGUAAUAACGAUGAUACCAAAUAAGACGAAGCGUUCAGAAAAGAAUAGCGGUGGCGUUGGAAAAGUAUUGCCUAAUACUUUGGUUAAAUUCAUAAAUCCUGAGGAUCCUUCAGGUACUCCAAUAGCUGCUUAUGAAAAAGGUGAACUCCUGAUGAAAGGUCCGCAAGUAAUGAAGGGUUACCAUAACAGGGAAGAAGAAACUAAGAAAGCAUUUUUAGAUGGCUGGCUCAGAACAGGUGAUAUAGGAUAUUACAAUGACGAAAACGUCGUUUUUAUUACAGACAGAAUAAAGGAAUUGAUAAAGGUUAAAGGUUACCAAGUGGCUCCUGCUGAAUUGGAAGCCAUCAUUCGCGAUCAUCCCCUUGUAGAUGAUGCCGCUGUUAUAGGCAUUCCUCACCCUCAGCAUGGUGAAGUACCGAGAGCCUACGUUGUACCAAAGAAAAAUUCUGCGUUAGAUGAAGAAAAUGUACAAAACCACGUGGCAGAUAAAGUGGCGUCUUACAAGCGAUUACAAGGCGGCGUCAGAAUUUUAGAAAGCAUUCCCAAAAAUACAACGGGGAAAAUCUUGAGGAGACAACUGAAAGAGAAUUUUGCAGAAAAGGGAUUUUAGAGACAAUUUGAAAAUAUUUUGUGAAUAUUUAGAAUGUCGUGUAAACAAAUAAUAAGAGGAGUGUAAAGAAGAAUAUAAAGUGUACAAACGGAAUAAACGAUACCGUAGACAUGUUUUAUUUGUAUCUAAAGUCAAUUAUAAAUAUACCUACCUAUUUUUAUAGAUGAAAUAACUUGUUUUAAAUUUGAACUGAUACAUAUAAAGUUUUUAAUUACUUGUUUAAGUGUUUGUUCGUAUUGUCUAUUUUUGAAACCAAUUCUUUAAUUCGUAUGUAGUGCCGAUAAUAAUAUUAAUUUUCUCUUCGAUUUCUGUUUUGUACUUGACCCAAGUAUUUAAAUUUUUGGAAAAUUUCUCCAAUAAUUCAUGUGUUAAAAACGUACCAUAUUUUCCUCAGUGCUCCUAAUGAGAUAUUUACAUGGCUCUAACUAAUCGUUUUUGUUCGUAAUUGUUGGAAAAUAUUUAGCAAAACAUACUUUUUUUUGUUACAUACUAUAUUAAUUAAUAAAUUUUCAUAAACGAAUACUAAAAAAAUUGUCAACAUGUUAAAAUAAUUCUUUAUUUAAGAUAUAUUUAGCAAACUACAUAAUAG